GUUUUGGGUUAAACCAUGCAUUUCUUAGAGUUGAGGGACAAUAUGAAGAGCGGCAGAUCAAGUGAUCAAGGCACAAAACAAAUGGCUGAUAAACCCAAAGAUCCAUGGUCACCGGAUCGAACUAUGCGGAUCAUUAUUCAAGAUGACACGUACAGAGACGUAAUUAAUUGGAAGGCGUUACCAAAAUCAUUUCUCCCGAGUACUAUAGAUGUUGCCAAAGAAGACCGGGAAUCAGAAUCGAAACCUUUUCUCCCAAUGGUUGAACCCGAAGACAUAGUAGCUGCAGUUAAAGCGUAUAUUCAAGAGGAAAAGGGGAUCCCUUUUAAGAAACAGAAGCUGUUGAAUGAAGAUGAGGGAGUUUUGAGAGAUGCACAGACUCUUAUUUCUUCGGGAAUCAAGAAAGGUUCUACCUUAAUCCUUCGUUAUGCACCAAUAACGCCAAUCUCCGUGUUUUCAUAUUCUGGUCGCAAGUUCAAGUUAAUGGUUCAGAGUUCUGACACAAUUGCGGAUGUUAAGGCGGGUAUUAGAUCUCAUAAACAGUAUAUACUCUAUAAUGGACGACAAUUCAAAGAUGAUAAGCGUCUCAUCGACUGCGGAAUUCAGUAUAACAGUGAACUAGAUCCACUCUUAAGGGUGUGCGGUUGUUGAAUAUGGCACUAUCAA